AUGGCUCCACAUCCUAUUGUCGCAUAUACGUCUGAGGCCUCUUGGUCUAUGAUCGAGGACAAGUUCACUCCAUACGGCAAAGAGACCUUGGCCAAAGUCAUUAAAUUUCUCGAGGAAGAGAUAUUACCUGCAGUCAAGGUUGUCCAUGCUCAACUCCCAGACGACCCAGUCAAGAGAUGGCAGACCGUCAUUCCCAUCAUCGCUGAAUUAAAGGCGAAGGCUAAGAAGCAAGGGCUCUGGAAUCUGUUUUUGAGCAAGGCUCAUUACCCAGAGUUCGGCGUCCCCCUCUCGAACCUUGAGUAUGCCGUCAUGGCUGAAGUUCUGGCCCAUGCAGGACAUUUUGGACCAGAGGUUAUGAACUGCUCAGCACCAGAUACUGGGAAUAUGGAGGUGUUGGCUCGCUAUGGCUCCCCUGAGCAACAGAAGAAAUGGCUAGUUCCUUUGCUUAAUGGCGAGAUUCGAUCAGCUUUCGCCAUGACAGAAAAGAACGUCGCCUCUUCUGAUGCCAAAAACAUUCGCACCUCUAUAAGACAGGAGGGUAAUGAAAUUGUGAUUAAUGGUCAUAAAUGGUGGAUAAGUGGGGCAGGCGACCCUCGCACAAAGUUGCAUCUCGUCAUGGGUAAAAGCGACCCAAAUAACCAGAAUGCAUACAACCAACAAAGUGUUGUCAUUGUCCCUGCUGAUGCGCCUGGUGUUAAAAUUAUUCGGCCUAUGAAGGUUCUUGGCUACGACGAUGCUCCGGAAGGUCACUGUGAAAUUAUCUACGAGAAUGUUCGAGUUCCCUUGAGCAACUUGGUUCUUGGUUGGGGUCGCGGUUUUGAAAUCAUCCAAGGUCGCCUUGGACCUGGGCGUAUCCACCAUUGCAUGCGUUCCAUUGGAAUCGCACAGUCCGCACUAAACCUCAUGCUCCAGCGUGUGACUGAUCCUAACAGGAAGACCUUUGGAAAAUUCCUGCAUGAACAUGGGACCGUUAUUGCUGACAUUGCAAAAUCACGAGCUGAGAUUGAAGGGGCGCGACUUCUCGUUCUAAGUGCAGCGCUUCAGAUUGACAAAUACAAAGCCAAGGGUGCUUUGAAGGAAAUCGGAAUUGCCAAAUUCGUUGUUCCUUCUAUGGCCCUUCGUGUUGUCGACCGUGCCAUGCAAUCAUUCGGCGCUGAGGGUCUUUCUCAAGACACAGAGCUUGCCGCACGAUGGGCAGGUCUGCGCACCCUCAGGAUUGCAGAUGGACCCGACGCUGUUCACAUCCAGCAAGUUGGUCAACGGGAAUUAAGACGAGCACCCGAAUUAGUGAAGCGGGCACACGAACUCAAAAAGAAAGAAAAUGAGUUGUUGGCUAAGAACGGGUUCAAAGCACAUCUGUAA